AUGACACCAAAAAAACCCCUCCGAUACGUUUUAAAUUGGACAGUUGAAGAUGUUCUUAAGUGGCUUCAUAAAUAUGCUGGAGUCCAAGGAGAGAAAUAUGCUUAUCUAUUUGAAGAAAACGGUGUGACGGGUUCCUGUCUUCGAAUGAUGACUGAUGAAUGGCUUCUCAGGAUGGGUAUUAUGGACGCUGAAGACAGGUAUCUUAAACUUUUUUUAACAUUUAGAAAUGUUCUCAUGGGGCAUAUAUACCGAAUGCGCUUGAAGUAUGACGCUGUCGACUUAAGCAAUAUGCUAAAAAGCAAAUAA